GGCAGCCAGAAUGUCUUUUGGGCCUCAAACAGAGCAGUCCUGCUGCAGAGCCCUUGAGAGUGAACAGGCACUUCACAGGUUUCAGUACAAACUCACGUGCUUUUUUCUCUCAGUACAGGGUAAAGCAGAACUGGUCCUCUUUCUGCAGAAGAGCUUGCUCCCAUGGUAGUCUGUGAUUACUAGUGAAACAGCUUAUCCGGAAGAUCCUAUGAAAAUCCACUCCUUAGCAAAACUUGGGUGUUCCUGCAAGCUGCUCAUUGUUUCAAGAUGUCAUUCCCUUGUGCAGGGAGAGGAAAUGGAGGAGGGGAAGGAGUCAGCACAGAUCCAAGUUGAUGAUGGGGUUCCCAGGACGCUUCCGGAUGAUACUGACAGGGACGGGAGCUGCGGGGCUGGAUGCCCAGUACUGACUCCCUGCCAGGGCUUCCCUGUGGCUGGUUUUACCCGCCUUGUGUUUGCUGCUGGUGCUGCUUUGAAUGUUGCAGUAGGCUUUUUGGGUUUGUGCCUUUUUGACUGCCAUGCCUCAUCUCUUCUUCCUUAUCCUUCUAAACAAGCCCUAUCCUGUCAGUUGCUCUUCCUGCCUUCAGCCCUUCCCCUUGCAGUCUGACUGGGACCUUUGUUCUUUCCAGACCCCAGCUUGGGUUUGUUUCCAGUGUCUUUUCUGACCAUGUUUAUGUGACCUUCCUCCUUAGCAUUAGCUAGUUUAUCCACCACCUAAUAUUCUUUUCCCUAGUCUCCACUCCAAUCUGUUUCACACAGACCUUUCCUAUUCCCUUCUCUGACUUUUAUCUUCCUUUAUCCUUUGUGAAUCUGCUGCUUCUGAGAGGCCUACAGCUUUCAUCCUCCCCCUUUUAGCAGUGGGCCCUGAAGCUGGAAGGAUUCACUUGCUCUUGCUUGACUUUCUAGAGUGCUCUCCUCCACCUAGAGAGUAUUUAAGAUCUAUAGAAAACUCCAGACCUUGGAUUUAGCCUCCUGCACCCCUAGCCAUAGCACUGGAUAGAAAAAUACUUGUCUGUACAGAGCAGCAUUCGAGUGUGUUUGUGGAGCAGCACCAGGAUGCUCCUGGGUGUUUGUGCCAUGUGUGAUGUGCUGCUGCCAGGGAGGUGCCAGUUACUCCCCUCUAGUGGCCAAGCUGGCCUGUUGGCACCUUCCCGUCCCCAACCCUGCCUGGAGAAACAGCUCCCUGGGGAGCUUUAUUCCUGGUAAAAAGGAGAGGAUCUGUUCAUGCUGGUGUACUUUGCUUCUCCUUUAAAACUUGUGAAGAUCACUGGAUGAAUGAUAAACUCACAUGUUUAUCUGUUGCUCCCACAGGGCUCUGGUGUGAUUAAAGCGGGUUUUGCAGGUGAUCAAAUACCGAAAUACUGCUUUCCAAACUAUGUGGGCAGACCAAAGCACACUCGUGUUAUGGCCGGUGCUUUAGAAGGGGACAUUUUCAUUGGUCCAAAGGCAGAGGAGCACAGAGGUCUUCUCUCGAUCCGAUACCCAAUGGAGCAUGGCAUAGUGAAGGACUGGAAUGACAUGGAGCGCAUUUGGCAGUAUGUGUAUUCAAAAGACCAGCUUCAGACAUUCUCAGAGGAGCAUCCUGUGCUGCUGACAGAAGCACCCCUAAACCCACGCAAGAACAGAGAGCGUGCUGCUGAGGUGUUUUUUGAGACCUUCAAUGUGCCAGCGCUAUUCAUCUCCAUGCAAGCUGUGCUUAGCCUCUAUGCCACUGGGAGGACUACAGGAGUGGUGCUGGACUCGGGGGAUGGUGUGACCCAUGCAGUUCCCAUCUAUGAAGGCUUUGCCAUGCCUCACUCCAUCAUGCGGAUUGACAUCGCUGGCCGUGAUGUCUCACGCUUCCUGCGUCUCUAUCUCCGGAAGGAAGGCUAUGACUUCCACACAACCUCCGAGUUUGAGAUUGUCAAGACCAUCAAGGAGCGUGCCUGCUACCUGUCAAUAAACCCCCAGAAGGAUGAGACUCUGGAGACUGAGAAGGCUCAGUACUACCUGCCAGAUGGAAGCACUAUUGAGAUUGGCUCUGCCCGUUUUCGAGCCCCAGAGCUCCUGUUCCGGCCAGACCUGAUAGGGGAGGAAUGUGAAGGACUGCAUGAGGUGCUUGUUUUUGCCAUUCAGAAAUCAGACAUGGACCUGAGGCGAACAUUGUUUUCCAACAUCGUGCUGUCUGGAGGCUCCACGCUCUUCAAAGGCUUUGGUGACAGGCUGCUGAGUGAAGUGAAGAAACUAGCUCCAAAGGAUGUUAAAAUAAGGAUAUCGGCUCCUCAGGAGAGAUUGUAUUCCACAUGGAUUGGUGGCUCUAUCCUGGCCUCACUGGACACCUUUAAGAAAAUGUGGGUUUCGAAAAAGGAAUAUGAAGAAGACGGAGCUCGUGCCAUCCACCGAAAAACCUUCUAGCCCUGGGACCUGUCCUCAGUCUCCUCCGAAGACUCACUUCAGUUCUAAACUCGCUUUUCUGAGUCCGAGUGUCUGAGAGCUGCCUGUGUGUGUGUGUGUGUGCCAGCAUGCCCCGAUGUCACUGAGCAAAGACGACAGCAGCAGAAGGGUUGUAUUAGUACUACUAACUUCUUAUUUUUUAAUUUUAUUUUUGUUGGGUUUUUUAAAUGGAAAGGAGAAAAUACCAGUCUGAAUUUCUCCAGAAUGGCUCAUUCCUUUUUCAUUUCAGUCCCUUACUUUCUGUAUCGUCAUCACAUUUGUCACUGUAAAACAAAGAAGCAAGCAAAAACAAAGGGAACAGCUUAUAGAAUUUGCCUAGCAAGCCAGAAGGGAGCCAACCACUGCAGACUGCUCAUGCAGGCCUUAGUCAGCCUGGCUGCAAUGCCUGGAUUGUCCGGAAACACAUAGCUGAGGCUCCAUAGCUGCUUUCUUCUGCAGUGUAUUCACCAUCAGUAGGUUAUUGAAGUUGUUUUUAAUAUAUUUUUUAUUAAGAGAAAGGACAUUCUCAGCGGUUAAGCCCAUUUGCCCCCACUGUUUUUGGUGUGUGAGUGUGCGUAUGCGUGUGUAACUUCUUCACCUGAUGUGUGGGUCUGCGCCACAGCUGGAGAAGUUGGUGAUAGGACUUAGUUUGUAUUGCAUGGAGUAGAACAAAGCAAAUCUAAUCAGCUAUCAUUGUACUAGGCGGUUAUUCUCUCGUACCUUGUUUUAAAUACCUUUUCUCCUCUGGAAGCAAGUGCCCCGGAAUGGGGGUGAAGGCACUUGUGUGUUCCCCCUCAACCUGCCAAGAUUUACAGUGCUGGGUUCUCAUGUUCUUUCUCUGUAAGAGUUGAGGCUGUUUCCCUCCUUCCUGCCAUGUCAGGGCAAAGGGAGCAUGUAUUUGCAGCCAGGCAUAACUCCUGUGUACUUUAUCCAUUCUGGGUCAAAAUAAUAAUUGAAAAGGUGCAUUGUAAUGUAAGAAUUGUUUUAUUUAUUGAACUGUCUGAGGAUAUGUCAAAUACUGACCACAGCACCUGGGAAUAACGCUUUGGAUCUUCUUUGAACACCCAUUACCUAGCUGUCCAUGGUUCCAUGUUAACACUGUUUACAGCGCAUGUGCUUAGCGGAAUCGCCAGCCAGCCCUGCGCCACCACCCGGUAACUGCUGGGGGCACCUCCCCGUUCUCUGAAUACACAAAGCGGGAGGACAGUGAGCUGUGCCAGGACGUUGGUGUGAGCGGCAGGUUUGUGAGCAGGAAGCUGUUGUGAUGGCCGUGCUGUGCCGUACUGCAUAGGCCUUCCUGCUCGCCUGGAGGCUGCUUUGCUUCUGCUUUUACAGCCAUGGGCAGACCUAAAGACCCCUCGUAUUGGCAAGUGCUGCUGUUUCCCCUUCAGGUUUUUCUUACGCAUUAUUUGGUGCUCUUUGUUUUUUUCCGUUGUUAAUUUUCUGCAGUCUCUGGCAGUAGCAGUGAAGCUGGAGUUGCUCGGUGGCAGUUCCUCCCUGUUCCCCUCCUUUCUGUUCAUUGCCACACAUCACCUUGGGGUCACUCUUGAGCGCAGAGAUGGGGUCAGAGCUGGAGGGCUGCUGCAGAGGUGUGGCAAAAGGGUGCACUGCCCCAGCGGAGACGAAUGUGAGCAGCAGCAUGUUGCCCCUGCAGGAGCAGUGUUCUCAGGGCCUGCUGCUGAGCUCAGAGGCUGUGGGCAGGCAGGUGUGGUGGUCCCUUCCCAGCUGAGGCCAGGCUGCUUGUUCACCUACCCCCAGCAGCACCAGACUGUGUUUUAAGCGAGAGCUGUCAAAGCUUAUCCUUCUGCUGGAAAAUCAGUUGGGUUCUUGCUGGUUUGCUGCAGCAUGCAGAGGGGAAGCAGCAAACCCCUCGGGUCAGUUACCACAUGCCCCCCAGGCAGUGCCAGUGAUCUCCUCCCCCUCCCUGCCCCUCUGCUGCCCUUGCAGAAGCAGCAGUGCUCCAUUUUGUAACCUGCAGUGACCAGACAGAAAGGUGCCGUCUCCGAUCUAGCGUGCAUCUGAUCUGCCUGACUGUUCCCUCGCACACUGUCUAAACCAUGUUGCCUGGUGGUGCCCAGCAUACUUAAAUAAAGUCAUUCAUAUACAACCA